UUCUGCAAAAAACAAGUAAAAAAAAACCCUUGUUUCUCUCCCUUUCUUAUCUUUUUUGCUGGAGCUUUUCGCUUCUUUUUGAAAAUCUUCAGUAGACAGAGAGAAAAAAAAAAUCAAAAAUGGAGAAAAUAGCGAUGAAGAUGAUAAUGGUAAUGCUGUUAGUGGUAGUAACAGUAAUAGUUGAUGGAAGUGAAGAUACAAAUAAGGUUUACAAUCCAUGUUCAGACACAAAGAUACAGAGAUUUGAUGGUUUUAGUUUUGGUAUCGCAUUUUCAACUAGAGAUUCAUUUUAUUACAACCAAUCUCAACAACUAUCUCCUUGUGACGGAAGGCUUCCUUUGUUGUCCAACUCUCAACUAUCGGUUUUCAGACCUAAAGUUGAUGAGAUUUCUUUACUCUCUGUUAACACUUCCGCCUUCUUCCCGGAUUCAUAUGGUGGGUACAUGGUAGCUUUUGCUGGUCGGAAAUAUGCAGCAAGAUCUCGUACUGCAUUUGUCGCGAACACGACAUACACCGUGACUAGCUUUACUCUGGUACUUGAAUUUCAAAAGGGUAGGUUGCAGAACAUGUAUUGGAAGAGAGAUGGAUGUGCUUCAUGCUCAGGGAAGUCUAAUUUUGUUUGCCUCAACAAACAAGAUUGUGCUAUUAGAACAACCAGCUGUAAAAACCGAGGGGGUUCUGUGGAUUGCAGCCUUGGCAUACAACUGGCAUUCUCUGGAACAGAUAAGCACUUGAGAACUCUCAACUCGUGGUAUGAAGUGGAAAACCUCCGGCAAUACUCCCUCUACGGCCUGUAUAAAAACCUCAGGGGUUCUCUCACAGACCAAUACAACAAAUUUUUCUAACAGUUGGGUGACUUCACAUAGUCGUAGUUAGUUCUUUAAGCAUGUAACUGUCUUUAACUCAGAGUUUUCUUUCGAUCCAAUGUUCUGUGUACUGGGUUAUUUGUAUCGAGUAUUAUGUGUAUGUACCCAAUUAUUGUUAUGAUUGUUCAAAAUAAUACUUAUUCCUCCAACUGGUUUUCUCUGCA